AUGUUUGUUACGGAUAAGAAAAGGAGGUGCGGUUCCUUUUUGAAUGGGCAAUUGGUUGGCAACCGUAUUGCUAAGGACACAAUGGGGAUGGUGCAGUUUCUGGAAAUCAGUAAACAUUUCGGUACGUUUCUAGCGCAAGAGAAACCAACAACAACUGGUCUUGAGGGAUAUUCUAUGUCGAAUAGCCACAUGUCGUAUUUGAUCGGGGAGCACAUGGGUAUACUCAAGUACCACUUGCAUCAGUUGGACAUAGAGUAUACGUCGUAUUCACCCAAGAGCGUCAAACUCACUGGGACUGGCUUUGGACGAGCAGAGAAGGAGGACAUGGUGAUUGCCUUCACGAAGGAAACAGGGAUCAACCUUUCCGAUGUGUUCAAUACCCGAGGGACUACUGUCUCACCCAUCAACGACAUCGUGGACGCGUACUAUGUGUGCAAACAUCACGUGGGCAUGACGAUCUUAAAGCAACAGGAACUAGCCGAGGCGCAAAGCACAAGCGGGUUGGAUGGGUUUAAGGAGGAUGUGGAGUAA